ACGAGGGCCCGGGUCAAUAAUAAUCUCAAACUGGUACCGAACGCACCAGGUUUUUCUCAAAUGCUACAGUCAAUCGAGACUCUCCACAAAGGACAGCGAAGCGAAGCAGCCCGCUGCCACACAGUGUUCUCUUCUGAAUCAGACCGGAUUUGCGGCGACUGUUGCAAAUCAGAAUGACUAAUCGCGGACGGAGGAACAUUUUCAUGGUGCGUAUAUAAAUGUCGGUCUUCCAAAUUGUUUUUACCCUUGUGCAACAAAUGGCUCUCGAGGAAUAUGUUGAUCUCGCGCGACCAGUGGAUAAACCCCUAGUUUUACGCACUCUUGGUAUAGCUACUGUGUUUCUGCUUGCGCUACAACUUCGAAAGGCCUUAAUCUCCAGAAAAAAGCUGAAAUCGAUUCCUACCGCCGGGUCAUCUGGUAUUAUCGGGUCAUGGAUAGACGCUUUCAGAUUCAUCUCUCACGCAAAGGAAAUCGUCGAAGAGGGUCAGAGAAUGUAUGGAACAGUAUUCAAAGUACCCUUGCUGGAUAGAUGGACGGUUGUGGUCAGUGGAGCGGAGAAGAUUAAUGACCUUCGAAAGGCUUCAGUGGAUCAACUGUCUUCCAUAACCAUGAGCGAAGACAUGGACUAUGCCUUUGGUCGCUUCACCAGGCUUGACCCUUACCAUCUGGAUGUCGUACGAGGCGCCUUGACUCGCAACAUUGGUGCUUGCUUUGCAGACGUUCAGGACGAAAUCAAAGCGGCUUUCAAAGACAAUAUACCCAUGACUGAAGACUGGGUUGAGAUACCUGCAUACGAAACUAUUUUGCAAAUUGUAUGCAGAGCGAGCAACCGGAUGUUCGUCGGGCUUCCUCUCUGCCGUAACCGCGAAUAUAUCAAGCUCAAUAUCAACUACACCAUUGAAAUCUUCGCCUUUGAUCGUAUCCUUCACCUUCUCCCCACGAUCCUGAAAAUAAUCGUAAGCUCUAUCUACACACCUCGCAAGAAUGCUGUAGCCAAAGCAGAAAAAUUCCUCGGCAAAACCAUUCGGGAACGACUGCAACAGCAGAAUCUCCAUGGAAAGGAUUGGCCGGGAAAACCAAAUGACCUCGUCUCGUGGCUGCUUGACAUAACUUAUGGUGACGGGAAAAAGCGCACAGUAAAUGAUCUAUGUACUAGGGUGCUCGCUCUGAAUACCGCAGCUAUCCAUACGACGUCGAUGACGUUCACUACCGCCCUAUACGCAUUAGCUGCGCACCCUGAGUAUGCUGAAACCCUUCGAAAUGAAGUUGAAUCGAUCAUCAACGAAGAAGGAUGUACGAAAGCUGCAAUGGGAAAGAUGAAUCAACUCGAUAGUUUCGUGAAGGAAGCUCAGAGAGUAUACGGAACCAUGGGCGUCUUCGGAAUGCAUCGGACGACUCGGAAAGACUUCGCAUUUUCUGAUGGAACAGUAGUUCCUGCUGGGACUCAAAUUGUUGUGGCCUCUUUGUCCACGCAUACAGAUGAAGAAAACUAUGAAGACCCAUUAGAAUUCAAGCCGUGGAGGUUCUCUGAAAAGAGGAAACAAGAGGGUGAAAAUAUUCGCCACCAUAUGGCCACGCCGAGCCUGGAUUUCGUUUUCUUUGGCCAUGGACGGCCAGCAUGUCCGGGCCGUUUCUUCGCUGUCAAUGAGUUAAAGGCUCUUAUGUCCCACGUUCUCCUUAACUUUGACGUAAAGAUAGACAAAUUCCCCACACCCGCGUGGUUUUACGACAAUCAGAUGCCAAAUCAGAGCAGCAAGGUGUUGUUCAGAAAGCGUGUGCGUACCCCGUGAAGUAGCGGUUCUGGACACUGUCGUAUAAUACUACCUACCUAAGUACGACACGAUUGAGUGUCGAAGGACAAGAAGUAGUGCUCGUAUUCCUUGAUAGCAGUAUGGGUCCUUGAUGAAUCCUGUACGUAGGCGUCUAUGUAACUCUGUUUAUCUGGUUGGUAUUGUGAUUCUCUUAUCAAUGUUUACCAUAACGAUGUGUUUGAAUACAUGAAGUAUACACCAGUUAUGCCUUGGGCUCCCCAAGACAAGGAGAAAUGGGAACACGAAGAAAGACUCGACAACUGAUGCAAGG